AAAUACAAACAAGUAAGUCUAUAACAGAAGACAGAACAGCGAUUCCACCAUUAAACACGCUUUAAAACCACAGCUGUUGAACGUUUCUGCAGUGUAGAGUGGAUCAUUGUUCCGGAAGUACACACUCAUUGGAUCCCUCUUCCCUAGUAACCACCACAAGCUGUAACUACGUACCUGAGCAACGAUAGGCCGCGGAAUUCUGUUUUCAUGUAUGUACCCGUAGCAGUGUAAAGCGGAGGAAGUCUUCGCUGGAAUGUCAUCGGGUCGGUAAAAGCUGAGUGAAUGGCACGAGCAAUCGUAGGACAGCUAAGAGCUUACAUCUGUGCCUUGAUGCGGUGGUGGUCGCAAGAUGGAGCGACAUGGUCCUGGAAACUGUAGAAAACAUAAGUCAAAGCUGAAGACUAAAAAUGAGGGACGUUAUCAGAAGGAUGUCAUGUGUGACUUUGAUGAAAAACAUGAUGAAUAUUUAAUAUGGCUUCAACAGAGAAACAGGAUACUGAAAACAUUAAAAGAAAAAGAUGAAAAACAGAUUGAACUAGAGCGACUUGAACAAGGUUUUUCUGUUUAUGUAAAUGGUGCCAAUUCAGAACUAAAGAAGCAACCUAAACGGUCUGUCCCUCGGGAGGUGUGUGGAUAUAAUGUGCGUACUGCAAGGACAGCUGAUUCAGCCAAAAGACAUAUAUUUUCACUGUAUGAGUUAAGGGACUUAGAAGGCAGACACUCACGCCAAACUAAGACUGCACCAGACAAAGUUCAGCGUAGAGGUUGGGUCCAGAAUUCUGUGACUAUUAAAACAGAAGAUGGAACUCGAGUGCAAAUUGGGCCACCAAAUGAAUACCCAGAAGACUUUGAACUUUAUGAGAGUAUAAAUACUGAAAUCGAUGAUAACAGUCAUCUACAGAAGGACGAGGACAAAAUGCUGAGCUGUCAUAGUAAUUCCAAGAUUGAAGGUCUCAAGUUAAAAACAAAUCUAAGUAACCAAAAGGAUGAUGGAAAUGAAAGAAUAUUACUAAACAUUCAGGAAGUAAAGGUACUCCGAAGAAGUCUGGAACUCAGCAUAAAUAUGGACACCCAUAAGAAGAAUACACGGAGUGAGGAGUCCAACUCAGAAGAAGACGACUCUAUUGAAGAGCAGAUUGAAUUCAUGGAAGUAGUAGAUAGCUUGGAAAGUUGUAAUCUGCCUGCAGACCUACCAUCAAAACAGUUUUCUAUGAAGAGCCACCAAGCAAAAAGGCAGUGUGACCUUGAACCUGGAGAUGUAAUUGUACUUGACUUUGGUCCAAGUUCCAAGACUACUAAGAAAUCAGAGCGGUGUUUGUCAGCUAAAAGGAAAGAAGAUGCUGAAACCUACAUCCCCACAAAACCUUUGAUGGUAAAAAGUAAACAAUUAGAAAGAUGCAGUUCUUUAAACAAAGAGGAACAAGAUGAAGUAAUGCUUUCAAGACCGAGGAGUCGCCAGGAAAGACCUCUGUCUUCAGUUAUGAAGACUGUAUCACUGAGUCCAGAUCCUGAACAUUCAGCCACAGUGGUUAUCCAAGCUAUACAGAAGGAGAAUGAGGAACUUCGAAAGGAAACCUCCAAGGUACUUGACAAAAAAACAACUCAGCAUUUGUUAACAUCGGCUUCUGCUCCUGCACUUGGAGGAGUCCAUUCAUCAUCAGGAAAAGUCAAAGAGAAUGUGGUCACAAAGGCUAUUGAAAGAAUUAGCCUUUUGGAACCAAGCCAGAAAAAGAAGCUUCUGAAAGUUUUAGAGAAGCUAGACAAUGAAUCUGAAUUUGACGUAUCACCUGCAGUUUUCUCUGAAAGGUUUGUGUCUGAGCAAAAGGUUAGAAGCAAUGAAGAAGAGACUGAUGAAAUUAUAAAUGCCAUUUACAUAACAAUGGAGCUACUAUCAAACUGGGGAAAUAUCAGCAAUGUGGGCCUGACUGAGGUACAGUUUUUUGAUAUGAAGAAUGAGAGGAUUUUGGUAUCUCCUCAUGAUGUUGACAUCCGAAAUGCUGAUUAUUCUAAAGACCUCAGCUGCUUGGUAAAUGGAAAAACUAAAACCACAAAAGAACGCAACAUGUGGAACUGCUCUUUCCAUCCACCAGUGCAAUUGUACUUCAUCAUCCGAAACCCAGACAGAUCACCUGACUUUGGCAUUUCUAAGAUAAGGAUUUGGAAUUACAACAAGAGUCUUAGUGACCUUGAUGUGGGUGCUAAAGAUGUCAGAAUUUACCUUGAUGGCACACUUGUAUUUGAAGGAGAACUGGACAAAGGCUGUGGAAACCAGAUAUUUGAUUACAGCACUACAGUUGAUUUGCAGUCAAAUAGCAAGAUAGUGCCUGUUGGAUGCUACUCUAACAAUAGUUCUGAAGGAAGUGCUAGCAACUGCAAAAGCUUGACAGACAACAUGGAUCUUGGCUUUCAAAUUGUUUCACCCAGGGAAUCCCUACCUCCUCUACAGUCUCCCCGAGUAAAAAACUCUGUAGAUGGACUUAUGUACAAAGGUAGCUCAUCUAGUAGAAGUCAAAAGACCACCCUAGAAGAUGACUUGAAAAAAUUGUCUGCUCCAGUUUUAAUGGCUUUCCCAAGUAAAGACAUUAGUGUUUACGAAACCGAUGGGAAUGAUCAUGAUGAUGAUAAACUCACUAUGAAGGAACAACUAGAAAGACUAACUGGGAGGAAAAUAAUGGAACCCAUUGUUUCAAAACGGCCAUCCUGGUUGAAUUCUUCAGCUAACAAUGGAAGUAAAAGUCCAAACAGCUGUAAACUCAAACCUCCCUGGCUGAACAAAGAACUACCUGUCGAUCUUCACAUGCAAGGCUCCUCUGUCAUCUGUGGCACUGACAGUGAAUGUCCUGGACAGAGGGAAGAAAAUAUCAAAGGUCGCCGAAGUACAUCAGGCAGGCAUCGCAAGGCUUUAAGUAAUAACUCAGUUUUGCUUUCUGUAUCCAAUAAAGACCCAGUGGAGAGUUUGGAUUUUUUGGGCAGUCUGUCAGAAAGAGACUGCUACUCACCAUCACUGCAUGAAGAAGGUGGUUGGAAACCUGAACAUCGUAUCAGUGGCAGAAAUAUGCUAAAGAGCAUGAAAAGUGAGAACCAACUCAUUGCAAAUGAGGCUGAAAGCCUUCCUGAAAUAGGUGGUGAACCUCUUGAAAAAACUCAUAAGUCUCAGAGAGCCAAAUGGAGGAGUGAGCAAGAGGACUCACUGUUGGAAUCAUGGAAUUCUUUGCAGAAGUUUAAUCAGUCUCAACGUGGUCGGAUUUCUAAUAUGGAACCAGAGGGAGAUGUCUUUGACCAGUUCUUGCAGAAAACUAAAAUAAGCAGACAAGGUGGGAAUCAUCAAAGACUGAGGAGGGAGGUACAAGAGGAAGAUGAAGUAAGCACAGAAACAGAUAGAGACGAAGGAAGUGACUUUGAAAUUCCCAUCCUGCCCCAUGGCCAGCACUUGCUAAUUAACAUCACCUCAACAUGGGGGGAUCGACACUAUGUUGGACUGAAUGGAAUUGAAAUAUUUAGCUCCAGUGGAGAACCUGUACAGGUUGCACUCAUAGACGCAGAGCCACCUGAUAUAAAUAUUUUACCUGAGUAUGGCACAGAUCCCAGAGUAGUAGGUAACCUGAUAGAUGGAGUAAAUAGGACACAGGAUGAUAUGCAUCUUUGGCUAGCACCUUUUACUCUUGGCCAGAACCACUUAAUCCGCCUCACUUUUGUGAAGCCUUACCAGGUGGCUAUGAUUAGGAUAUGGAAUUACAAUAAAUCAAGAAUUCAUUCAUUUCGUGGUGUCAGAGACAUUGAAAUGUCAUUAGAUGGAAAAUGCAUUUUUAAAGGAGAGAUUGCCAAAGCUUCUGGAAUCCUGUCUGGAGCACUGGAGCAGUUUGGAGACACAAUCUUGUUUACCACAGAUGAUGACAUUUUAGAAGCAAUGUCCCGAAAUGAUACAACUUUUGAUAGUGAAUUUGCAGCUCUUCAGAUUUUGGAUUCUGGAGAUGAAUUGAAAAGGCCAAGAACUGCAGAUGGAGAGGGAGAUGAGAGACCUUUCACUCAAGCAGGCUUCCGAGCAGAAGGAAAACAAUUACUAGAGCAAGUGCCAUUGUCCAGUGUUUCACCAGAUCUAACAAGUCAGCCACCGGGAAUAUGUACUGGAAAAUCUCUUCAGCUCAAUUUCACCCUUACUUGGGGAGACGGUCAUUAUCUUGGACUUACAGGUCUGGAGGUUGUCUCCAAAGAUGGUCAAGCAUUACCUAUUAACAUACAAAUGAUUGAUGCUGUUCCAAGAGAUCUAAAUGAGCUGCCAGAAUAUAAUUCUGACUCCCGGACUCUAGAUAAUUACCAACUACAGAAGACCUCCAAAGCAAAUAUCAGCAGGUUGAUUGAUGGAGUUAAUCUCACAAUGGAUGAUGAGCACAUGUGGCUAGUGCCUUUCACUUAUGGACAGAAUCACUUGAUCACCAUCACCUUUGACAAGAAUGAGGCCAUUGCAGGACUGCGGUUUUGGAACUAUAACAAAUCUCCAGAAGAUACAUAUCGAGGGGUGAAAAUUGCCCAUGUCUUCCUUGAUGGUUGCUGCAUCUCUCCUCCUGAAGGCUUUCUGAUCCGUAAAGGUCCAGGCAACUGUCAUUUUGACUUUGCACAAGAAAUCCUCUUCCUUGACUAUUUGCUACUAUCUUCAAAACAGAAGAUAACCAAACAUAUGUGGACCCAUUCAAAAAGUGUGGAUAAAGCUAGUAUGGAUUAUGAAGCACCAAUCAUGCCAUGUGGCUUUAUUUUCCAGUUUCAGCUGCUGACUAGCUGGGGUGACCCUUAUUACAUUGGACUCAAUGGAUUUGAAUUAUAUGAUGAAAUGGGAGAAAGAAUUUCACUUACGGAAAACAAUAUUGCAGCAUUUCCAGACAGUGUAAAUGUUUUAGACAGUGUUUCAGGAGAUGUCCGAACUCCUGACAAGUUGAUAGAUGGUGUGAAUGACACAGUUGAUGGAAGACACAUGUGGCUAACUCCUAUUCUUCCUGGACUAGUGAAUAGAGUUUAUCUAAUUUUUGACCAACCUACUACUGUGUCGAUGAUGAAACUGUGGAAUUAUGCAAAAACCCCACAGAGAGGAGUCAGAGAGUUUGGGCUUCUUGUAGAUGACUUACUAGUUUACAAUGGAAUACUUGAUAUGGUGAAUCAUGUGUCUUGUGGCAUCCUACCUACCUGUGAUCCUGUGGUUCCUUACCAUACCAUUCUGUUCACCGAAGAUGAAAAAAUAGUUUACAGGGAGAAAAAUACAGUUAUCAGUAACCAUGCUGAAGAUCAGGAUGUUAAAAUGAUGAAUGAAAACCAGAUUGUCCACAAUGCCAAGAAAAAACAAACUGCUGAUCCAGCUUUACGACCUAAAACCUGCAUGACAGAUAGAGUUCAAGUGGGGAAGAAGAGAUACUGACUCAGAUCUUAUGGAUCCUGCUUACAGUCUUCUAAAGAUACAGAUGGCACACAAGUUUCAACUCCUGUGGUAGAGAGAUAUAUAAGGGGAGAGGGAAAGUUCCUUAUCUACAUAUCUUUGGUAUGUGAUAAAUAAAUAAAGACAAGCAGAAAGGCUCCACACAUUUCAUUAUGUCUUCAAUGGCUGCAAGUACCAGGAGCAUAGUUGCACGUGUGAAAUUCACACGUAAAAAGUUUGUGUGUGUCAUGUGAAAGUACACUAUAUGGUUUUCACCUACUGUGAUGAUGGAUUACUGCUGCUAGAAGUUAUAACCAAAUAAAUUAUCUGAGUCUUUUUAUAGGCUGAUUUAAGGAAGUUUAACAAAAUACUACAUUACCAGCAGAUUUGAGCCAGUGAGGAUCUAGAGACCAUUACUUUGCCUCCAUGCCAUACCUCUUUCACAGAAAUGUGUCUCCUUUGUUUACAACUGACUAAUGAGAACACAGAGAAGUGUGAAUGAGUUUGUCUGGUUAGUACAGCUGUGGAUUAUGAAACCUGCAAAGGAAAUGAAGCCAGAGACUCAACUCCCAUUUUGUUGAUGGGCAUUUCAUCAAGGUACUGCUAGCAGAAAACUAUGGAUAUUCAUUUUGAAAAAAAAAAUAAUUGCACAAGUAGACAGAAAGCAAUAAAAUAAAUGUGUGUGGCUUUUUGCCAUUUAUGAAAAGGAAAAUGACAGCUAUGAUGUGGACUGUCUUUAUAUUUAAACAGAACUGUGUGCAUUAAGCAGAUACACACAAAGAAGCAUAUUUUGCUGACUCAGUUUUAUUCAGUAUAUUAAGCGAAAUGCCUACAGAUAGGAUAUCAGCUGCAUUUCUAGAUAUUUUGUUUGCUACAACAUUUUUUUUCAGUAUCCCAUGUAUGCAGUUGGAACGCUAGAACUGAUGUCAUUGGUAAUGACAUCAAAAUAUGGCACUGUGACAGUAAAGAAGUAAGCACAUUUCAGUUUUCUUUGAGUCUGCCUUCCUGUGCAAGGGCAUUUGCAUCACAUCAAAUAUUGCAGCAAUUAUAGUUUUGCACGGAGCUUCCUUUUAAACUGCAGGCACAUAUUUUGUGGCACAGGCAAGUCUGAGCAACUCUCAAAGUUUUAACUUCUGCAUCAGAAGAAAACCCAACUCAUAAGCCAUUUUACAGGGACAGAACUGAAGGUUUGAUACAAAAUGAUAAACUGCAAAAAAAAAUACUGAAAUGACAUGAAAGGUUUUAACAUAGAUGCAGCUUGCUACAGACUGUUUGGUGAAGUUAGCUGAAAUGCUGUAAUGGUCAAAGAAAUGUUAUGCAAGCCUUGGAUCCUUUGAAAAGCAACUGUCUAUUGCCUGCAGAAUAUGGAUGCACAAUAUCUCGUCUUCCCAGCAAAAAUAAAGUACAUUCCUCGCAUGCUUCUUUAUAUUUAAGAAAAUAAAAAUAUUUU